CACACGAUAUUGCUCGUUUCGUUGCUGUUGUUGCUAUUCGAGAAAGUAGAAGCUAGUUCAUCAUGCCUCGAGGACCGAAGAAGCACUUGAAGCGCUUAAAUGCGCCCAGCCACUGGAAUCUCGGCAAGAUGACGGGCGUGUUCGCCCCGAAGCCUUCGCCGGGACCCCACAAGGAACGCGAGUGCCUUCCCAUUUGCAUCGCGCUUCGCGAUCGUCUUAAGUACGCCUUGACCAACAAGGAAUGUAUGCAAAUUUGCAUGGAACGUUGUGUCAAGGUCGACGGCAAGGUCCGCACGGAUCACAACUACCCCACAGGAUUUAUGGACGUUGUUGAACUCGAAAAGUCGGGCGAUCGGUUCCGCAUCUUGUUUGACAGCAAGGGACGUUUCGUCUUGCACCGGAUCAACCGGGAAGAAUCGCAGUACAAGCUCUGUCGCAUCAACAAGAUAUACAUUGGCAGCAAGAAGAUUCCGGUUGCUGUCACGCACGAUGGUCGCACCAUCCGAUACCCCGACCCUGAUGCCAAGGUCAACGACACUGUCAAGGUCGACCUUGCCACUGGCAAAAUGUCCGACAUUAUCAAGUUUGAGUUGGGCGCCAUGGUGACUUUGGUCCGUGGUCGUAACGCUGGACGAGUGGGUACUCUGAUGCACAUUGAGCGUCACCUGAACAGUUUCGAUAUCGUGACCGUCAAGGAUGCCAAGGGUCACACUUUUGCCACCCGUCUGCACAACGUCUUCGUGAUUGGCAACGGUACCACUCCUCAGAUCUCCCUACCCAAGGGACGCGGAAUCAAGAAAUCCAUUAUCGAAGAGCGUGCGGAAGCAGAAGCUGCCGGACGUAUCUAAACAACAUCUUUAUCAAAUAGCAACGUCACCG